ACGAUCGUCAAUCAAAAGAGAACUAUCGUCCUAUUUCAUUGCUGCCAUCAUUAUCUAAAAUUUGUGAAAAAAUUGUUUUCGUCAGACUUUAUAAUUUUUUACUCGAAAUAAAUUUUCUAAACCCGUUUCAGUCUGGAUUUCGUCCUGGUGAUUCUACUGUUAAUCAACUUAUUUUCAUAGUUCAUAAAAUUCAUGAGGCUUUAGAGCUUGGUAAAGAAGUGAGAAUGGUUUUCCUGGAUAUUAGUAAAGCUUUUGAUAAGGUCUGGCACAAAGGACUCCUCUUCAAGCUUGAGCGCUUAGGA